UCAGGUUCAAACAUAAAGGUUGCGUCCGCGAUACUCAAUUGUAUUUUGGCGCGGCAGUUAUGUUUCGAAGAUCCAUCGUGUUCGGCUAUCUUAGAAAUAAUACCCAGAGUAUGUGGGCCUAUACCAGUUUCAUGCAGUACAGUUACUGUGACAAAAUGUCAAGCUGCCUUAAGGACACUACAAGCCUUUCAGUUCUUUCGUCCAACCUGCCUUUGCAAAGAACCCGGCAUGGAUCCGGAUUGUAAUCAUUUUCGUGAUUUCCUAUUCGACCAUCCAUGCGGAUUUGUGCUAAAGAAAGCCGAAAAGGAUCCAUAUCCCAUAGAUGCAUUGCCGACGUGCAAUCACGCACUGUCUGUAUGCCAGCAGGAGCGCAAAUGCCUGAAGCUCUUCGAGGAUUUUAAAGCGCAUUGUAAAGUGAGAGACAAUAAGUGCAAAAUGGAGAACAGAGAUGCAUGUCACGAUUCGUGGACGAAUUUACGCCUCUCGCCCAUGUUCGGCUGUAUCUGUCCGAAUAAUCAUAUGAAAAAACGCUGUGAUCGUAUAUUUAAUAUUGUAAAUCACAAUCCGUGUGUGGAUAGAUUAAUAUUCUUCCCGGAUGGUGCCAUACCGAAAUUCAAGCAAAAACAAAAGCAACACCACAACCGGACAACUGCAACAUCCUCGUCAUCAUCAUCAUCCUCAUCGAUAGCCGCUAAUGCCACGAUUGGUAACCAGCUCUCGAAUAGUAUAGCAGCGGACGAGGAGGAGGAGGAUGAUUACGAUGAUCGCAUACGCGCUGAAAUCUAUUCAAAUUAUCCGCAUUACCUGCACCCGCCAUCGUGGGGUCUCAACAAUCCGCUAGUAUUGGCCUCACACUCUCCGCACACGUACGACGAUGAAGAUGAAUCGCUAUUGGAGAUACCCGAACAAAAGCAACAAUGGCAGCGCCAACAAAUGGCGGCGCAUAAGGUGGACAAAACCGGGCGGCGUAACAAUGAGGGCAGCAAUAGUGGCACGGGCAUGGAUGGUGAUGAUGUUGUGGUACGUUUGGACACGGAUAGCACUGGUCGUCACUUUUCUGGUCUUGAUGCCGGUGUUGGUGUUGGUUUUGGUUUCGGUUCGUCCGGUGUGCUUGAUGAGUCCAUAACUGAGCAUAGCAGCAGCAGCGGCGGCGGCGGCGGCGGCGGCGGGGGCAGCAGUAUCAUCAAUAGUAAUAGCAAUCACGGCACGCACCGCAUGCACGAGUUUGUAGAUGGUUUCACUUUUACCACAUCACCGGCAACUGCAUCAGCACCAGAGUCUGCACUUCCGGCACCACCACCAACGCACCUGCACCACAACAAAAAGCACCAAAAAACUGCAAUUUCAAGCACAAAUUCGCACAAAAGUAUUCAUCCUAGCGACGAAUUAACCACCGGCAGAGAUAAAUUAUCCCACCGUUCGCGCACCUACAAAGGUGAUAGCAUGGAUGAGAGAGUCAGAAUAAUGGGCAUGGACGAGAAAUUGCAUCUGAAAAUGUUCGAAGAUAAUUUGGCGCUCAUUGAUACGCCACUCAUAGCGACAGCGACAAGCACUCACUACCCGGGCACGGUGUCCACCUCAAUGCAUUCGCUGCACGGCAUACUCUUGUACCCGUUCAAUGUGAGCGAUUUUCAGCAGCGUCACGUCGCGCCAGCUGGACAUGAGUCCAGCGCAUUGGAUGUCAUCGACACGGCCAACUCGUACGGCUACGCUCAGGGCAAUGGACAUAGCAGCGGUCAUGGCCACAGUCACGGCAGUGGUGGCGCUGUUUACUAUCAAAGUGGUCAGGAUGUUGAAGUAGACCUCUCAACGGAAAUAAUCAAGCAACACUUUCAGAGUACCUGCCACACAGCAUUGGAUACAUGUCGGGAGGAUGCGUCAUGCUCGUCGUCCUUGCAGCCUAUGUUGAUGCAUUGUGAAAUGCACCGUUGCAAUCGCAAUGCAUGCAUGACAUCACUGCAAGCCUUUUACAAAGGUCCGCACGAGGACUUGAAUUUGGACAUUGCCUUCUGCCUCUGCAAAAAAACAACGAAUCGUCACGACAUGUGCAUGAUUGCACAGGAAAAACUCCAUCCAACUUGUGCACAAAGGCCAGCCGAUAACAGUAAUCAGCAGGGUUCAAAUGGCAUAUACUACCACCCGCCACCGUCCUGCCAUUCGGUGGCCGAAAACUGUAAAGAGGACCGUGAGUGCAGGCUCAAAUUGGAGUACUACGAACAGGCCUGUGCGGUGGAUAGUGUGACAAAGAAAUGCGCCGGACGACCCAGUGGCUGUCGCACGGCUAUGAUUGGUAUACUUGGUACAAUGUUGCGCACAACCUGCGCCUGUCAGGGCUCCGAUCCGCAAUACCUCUAUCAGUGUGUGGGCUGGCGGCGCUUACUCUGGCUUAAUCCAUGUGUUGUUGAGGCUCAAAAAGAUUUUCACAUGAAGCGUCUAGCUGAAUUGGGUUAUCUAACGACUACAACAACUACAACCACAACGACCACGACAACAACAACACGCGCACCGCCGCCACCUCCACCACCCCCCGUAUUGACAACAGUUACCACAACAACAACACACCGUCAGCCACCAACAUCGCCAAGGCAGACAUCACGAAAACAGGCGACGCACAUCUUUCGUGGAUAUCCGCCAAAGGGAAAAUCGGAACCCACAUCCAUGGAGGACAAUUAUAUCGAGCAGCCAGAUUCGAUACCCUUGCAUAGCGGAAAUGAGGAAAACGGAAAUGCCGGAAAUGGCGAUUAUCAUAGCGGGAAAGGCAAAAGCAACGGCAACGGCAAUGGGGGCAAUGGCGGCAAUGGUAAUGGAAAUGGCAGAAGUAACGCCAAUGGUAACGGUGGAAAUGGCGCUGGUAGCGCUACCAGUGCGACUGUCAAUGCGGCGCGCCACGGCAAAAAUGGCAAAAAUAAUAAAAAUGGCAAGAACUCCAAGCACAACAACAACAACAGCGGCAAUGGAAAUGGAAAUGUUAAUGGAAACGGCAGCAAUGGUGGUGGUCAUGGCGCUGGUGCUGGGGCUGUUUACAAAAACGGCCACGACAGUAACAACCAUGUCGCUACAGCGGAAGCAACAGACGCUGACGCCGCCGUUGGCGCAGCUCAUGGUAAUGGAAAAGAUUUUGGCGAUUUCGAUGAUCAGCUGAUUUUAGUGGAACAAAUUCAAACAACCGAAUAUGCGGACAACAGUGCAACGGAAUCAACGGUCACAACGACCACAACAGCGGCGACUACAACAACAACGCAAGCACCAAGAAAUUGCGUUGUUCAGCGUCCACAUCAAUCAGAUCAGUUAAUACGCGAAGGAUCCAGCAAGCGGAUCUACUCUUUAGACGAUGCAGAAUGCAGUGAACUGUGCAGUUGUGGUGAAUCACUAACACUCACCUGUCAUGCGCUCUGCGUGCCCUUUGCGCCCUGCCGCACCGCAUUGGCCUUCUACAGUCAUGCAUCGCCCGCUUAUCAGGCAUUCCGUGGACGUUGCCUCUGCUAUUCGGGUCGCUUUAUUUGCAUGAAGCCACCCUUGGGCGAAUAUACGUUGCCAGGCGGCGUCUUUCUUCUACUUGGCUACAGCUCAGCCGACGAGGCGCUUCUGCGUCCACAUACCAAUCUCGGCGUGCAGGAUGCUGUGAGAGCGUUGCAGCAGUACGUUAGUACACACAUAGACAACCAGACUCAAUGUACUCUAACGCUCUUCAACAUGACCGAUGAGAAUAUCAUAAUUGCCGCUCGUCUGCCACACGAUGCUAAACUCAAAGCCAUUGAACUGCUUGGUAAAGAGAAGGAUGAAUGCACUUCUAUUCUGAAAACCAUCAGCCAUCAUAUCAACACCGAGCAUCACGAAUUGCAAUCCCACCGACUAUUGAGCAUUUUCAAAAUGUCCGAAGUCGAAGUAGUUUGGCCGGAAAGUAGUCAAGCAGCCGCACAGCUGCACAAUGGACCCACAACGUUCCUCAUGCCACUGGCGCUAUUGGUGUCCAUCAUUACAACGGCGCUGCUAAGUGAUGGACCCGACUCGCUGUUAAGAGGUGUGUGGCGCAGUGAAGGAUUCACGCCAACAACAUGACCCAUAGCACAAACGUAAUCGCAAGUAAGAAAUAUGAUAAAUAUUCGUAUAAACCUACAAAAUUAUUAUAUAUAAAUAUAAUAUAUAUGACUAAUAUUUGUACAUGCAUAAAUCGGAUAUAAGGAAAGAAAGUAAUACUCAAAGCAAAAACAAAACAAAAAAUUAAAGAAAAUAGAAAAACCAAAAAGUGUACCAAAGCAAAGCUACAACUGAUUAGUAAAUUAGUUAAUAUACAUUCGUGAAAUACAAAAAUGUUAAACAAACUUAAUUAUAAUUAACAAUAAAACGGCGCAUAGACAUAGAAGAAUGCAUGCACACUCACACAUGCAAACAUAAACUACUACAUAUACGCAAAUAUGAGAAUAUGAAAAGAAAAUAUGCUUGCAAACACAUUAAAUGAAGAUUUGUACGUGGCUUUAGGUUAAUCGGUGUGUAAGUAAACAAAUGUUGCGCGUUUGAGCAUGUGUAUGUACACAUGUAUAUGUAUAGUAAGACAUAAGACAAGAAUAAUACAAAAACGUUGUUUAGAGUGGCGUACCUACAUAAGAAUAUAUGCGAGGCCCAUAUGAAUAAUAUUCGUAUAAGGGCGUGGGCUAAAUUAAUGGCUACUGGUGGUUGAUUCACAUUAUUUAGUUAAGAUUGAUAGUCUAAGGCAGUUGAAAACUGAAACACAACAACACACAUACACAAAUACAUAUCUAUUGUACAUUAAAACAUAUAUCAUCAAUUAUUUGUGUCGGAUUUAGUACAAUUUUCUUGUUAAAAUAAAAUUUUUGUUAUUUCCAAACUUUCUUAUUUUCCUAGCAGAAUAUUUAUAUAUAUAAUAACAAUGCUGGCAGCGUCGCUUUCUAGUCCCUUUCUUCUAGUGGCAGUUUAUUUAUUUAUUUAUUUUUUAGUAAAUCUAUAAAUCUGCAUAGCAGUUCUAGCCCACUCCAAUAGUAAUGGCGAGCCAAGUGCCCCAUUUACAAUAACAAAAGAAAGCAAAUUGAGGGUGUACUUCUUCUACAGUUUUGUAACGAUUUUAAAAUUAGUAAUGCACACCUUGCAUGAUAUGAAGGAAUCGGUCGAAGGAAUAGUCGAAUUGAAAUGACUAAUAAACUGAAAAAUGGAAUCAAAUAUUACGCCCAAAUCAGUCAUUUCAU